AGUUCGAAGUUUUGGAAAGCGGCACGGGGACACCGAUUCGAACGCUCGAGAAAGCAAGAUGUGGGGGAAGGGGAAGAAGCGCUUCGGCGGCGGCGGCGAGCCGGCGGCCAAGCGCCAGGCCACCGGGGAUGAUGGACCCUCCGAAUCCGCCGGUGACAACAUCGUCGUCGCCGAGAUAUCGAAGAACAAGAGGGUGGCGGUGAGGAGCUGGAAGGGCAAGGUCUUCGUUGACAUCCGCGAGUUCUACGUUAAGGACGGCAAGACCCUCCCCACCCGCAAAGGUAUAUCACUCCAGAUGGAUCAGUGGAAGAUAUUAAGGGACAAUAUCAAAGCCAUAGAUGAGGCCGUCAAGGAGAAUGCAUGAUAGUUGAUAGGAGGUCUGGAGAGGAUCACGUAGGGGCAAGCUUUUGCUUAUUUAGUUGUGAUGCCUGAUGUAGGCUAGUAGUUGAAGGCUGGUUUCUGCUGCCCCUAUUCUGCAAUUUGCACUUGUGCACUUGGUUACCGGUUGUUGAAUAGGUGGCAGAAUGGUUUGAUUUUCUUCCGCAUGUGUAGUCUUGACUUUGUACAUUGAGACGAUAUGAGUUGUCUUGUAGCCCUAAGUGUAUGAUUUGGUUUCUAAAUCAGUUUGCUGGUAGUCCAGAACCAAAAA